AACAACAUGGAAUCAGAAAACCAAUCAGGUACAGCAGAAUUCCUCCUCUUGGGUCUCUCAGAGGACCCAGAACUGCAGCCCCUCCUCUUUGGUUUAUUCCUGACCAUAUACCUCGUCACUGUGCUUGGGAACUUGCUCAUCAUCCUGGCCGUCAGCUCAGACUCCCACCUGCACAUUCCCAUGUACUUCUUCCUCUCCCAUCUGUCCUUCACUGACAUCUGUUUCAGCACCACCACCGUCCUCAAGAUGCUUGUGAACAUCCAAAGACAGAGCAAAUCUAUCAGUUACACAGGCUGCCUCACCCAAGUUGGCUUUGUCUGGUUUUUUGCAGGUUUGGAAAACUUUCUCCUUGCAGCAAUGGCUUAUGACCGUUAUGUAGCCAUCUGCUAUCCACUCAGGUACAUGGUCAUCAUGACCCUCCAUCUCUGUAGUCUUCUUAUUCUACUCUCUCUGAUCAUUAGCACUGCAGAUGCUCUACUCCAUAGUCUCCUGUUGCUGCGACUGUCCUUCUGCAUAGACCUGGAAAUCCCCCAUUUUUUCUGUGACCUUGCUGAGAUCAUCAAGCUGGCUUGUUCUGAUUCCUUCAUCAAUAACAUCCUGGUGUAUUUAAUGAGUAGCAUAUUGGGUGGUGUUCCUCUUUUUGCAAUUAUUUUUUCUUACAUUCAAAUUGUCUCCUCCAUUCUGCAAAUGCCAUCAUCUGGGGGAAAGUAUAAAGCCUUUUCUACCUGUGGGUCUCAUCUCUCAGUUGUUUGCUUAUUCUAUGGCACAGCUUUUGGAGUGUACAUUAAUUCUGCAGUUAACCAUUCUUCCAAAAAGGCUGCAGUAGCCUCGGUGAUGUACACUGUGGUUCCCCCGAUAUUGAAUCCCUUUAUCUACAGCCUGAGGAACAGGGACAUGAAGGGAGCCUUGAGGAAACUUAUCUGA